UAGGCGAUGAUUGUUUUGCUGAAUUGCUAUCGAGAUCGUUAAUUCAACAAUUAAGCGAUGAUGCUCGUGGAGAAAAGUUUGUCAUGCAUGACCUUGUCAAUGAUUUAGCUACAUUCAUAUUAGGAAAAAGUUGUUGCAGGCUUGAAUGUGGUGACAUCUCUGAAAAUGUUCGUCACUUCUCAUAUAACCAAGAAUACUAUGACAUUUUCAUGAAGUUUGAGAAAUUAUACAAUUUCAAAUGCUUGCGAAGCUUUCUAUCCAUUAACACGAUGAACAAUUACAAUUUCUUAUCCUCCAAGGUGGUUGAUGAUUUGCUACCAUCACAAAAACGGUUGCGUGUUUUAUCACUAUCAUGGUAUAUAAACAUCACCAAGCUACCAGAUUCAAUUGGAAAUUUGGUGCAGUUACGGUAUCUACAUAUCUCCUCGAGUAAAAUCAAAAGCUUGCCUGAUACAACAUGUAACCUUUACAAUUUACAGACCUUGAAUUUAUCACGUUGUUGGAGUCUCACUGAAUUACCAGUACAUAUUGGAAAUUUAGUAAGUUUACGUCACCUUGAUAUAAGCGGGACUAACAUAAAUGAGUUGCCUGUGGAACUUGGGAGACUAGAAAACCUUCAAACUCUCACACUAUUUUUAGUGGGCAAGAGACAUGUAGGGUUAAGUAUCAAAGAGCUAAGGAAAUUCCCAAACCUACAAGGAAAACUUACCAUCAAGAACCUGGAUAAUGUUGUUGAUGCCAGAGAGGCACACGAUGCAAACCUGAAAAGCAAAGAGAAAAUUGAGGAGUUAGAGCUGAUAUGGGGAAAACAAAGUGAAGAGUCGCAAAAAGUGAAAGUUGUGCUCGAUAUUUUGCAACCACCAAUAAAUCUAAAGAGCCUGAAUAUUUGUUUGUAUGGUGGGACAAGCUUUCCGAGUUGGUUGGGAAAUUCUUUGUUUUCUAACAUGGUAUCUCUUCGCAUCACUAAUUGUGAAUAUUGUAUGACACUUCCACCCAUAGGGCAGUUACCUUCUCUCAAGGACAUAGAAAUACGUGGUAUGGAGAUGUUGGAGACAAUUGGCCCGGAGUUCUAUUAUGCCCAGAUUGAAAAAGGAUCUAAUUCUUCCUUCCAACCAUUCCGAUCCCUUGAGCGUAUAAAGUUCGACAACAUGGUCAAUUGGAAUGAAUGGAUUCCCUUUGAAGGCAUAAAAUGUGCUUUUCCUCGACUUAAGGCUAUAGAGUUAUAUAAUUGUCCAGAACUAAGGGGACAUUUGCCCACCAACCUUCCUUCCAUAGAAAAAAUUGUAAUAUCAGGUUGUUCUCAUCUAUUGGAAACACCAUCUACUCUGCAUUGGUUGUCUUCAAUAAAAAAAAUGAAUAUCAAUGGGCUUGAGAGUGAAAGUUCCCAACUGUCAUUGCUUGAGAGUGAUUCUCCGUGUAUGAUGCAACAUGUAGCGAUUCACAACUGUUCUAAGCUAUUAGCUGUGCCAAAAUUGAUUUUGAGAAGCACUUGUCUUACACACUUGGAACUCAAUUCUCUUUCUUCUCUCACUGCAUUUCCCUCAAGUGGACUACCCACUUCAUUGCAAUCACUUCAUAUUGUAAAAUGUGAGAAUUUAUCCUUCCUACCUCCUGAAACGUGGAGCAAUUACACAUCACUUGUGAGUCUUUAUUUAAUUCAUAGUUGUGAUGCACUUACAUCCUUUCCACUUGAUGGUUUCCCUGUCCUCCAAACACUUCAGAUAUGGAAUUGUAGGAGUCUGGUUUCCAUUUAUAUUUCAGAAAGGUCUUCACCUCGGUCGUCGAGCCUCGAAUCACUUCAUAUCGAAUCCCAUGAUUCAAUUGAAUUAUUUGAAGUCAAGCUUAAGAUGGACAUGCUCACAGCUCUUGAAAGGUUGAAUCUAAAAUGUGCAGAGUUGUCAUUUUGUGAAGGAGUUUGUCUACCUCCCAAAUUACAAUCAAUUACGAUUUCAUCCCAAAGAACAAAGCCAUCUGUAACGGAAUGGGGUCUCCAAUAUUUGACAGCACUUUCCAACUUGAGUAUUGAAAAGGGUGAUGAUAUAGUUAACACCUUGAUGAAGGAGUCAUUGCUACCCAUCUCCCUUGUGUAUCUAUAUAUCAGGGAUUUCGAUGAAAUGAAGUCCUUUGAUGGAAAUGGGCUUCGACACCUCUCCUCUCUCCAAACUCUCUGUUUUUGGAAUUGUCAUCAACUUGAGACAUUGCCAGAAAACUGCCUCCCUUCCUCGCUGAAAUCACUUAGAUUGUGGGAUUGUAAAAAGCUUGAGUCAUUACCAGAAGACAGCCUCACUGACUCUCUUAGGGAACUCUGCAUUUGGAAUUGCCCAUUGUUAGAAGAAAGGUAUAAAAGGAAGGAACAUUGGUCCAAAAUUGCUCACAUCCCUUUCAUAGAUAUAAAUCAUGAAGUCACAAUAUGAUAGACAAGUUGUGUUCCCAUUUCAGGAGAUCAAAGGCCUAGCUAUGUGGAUGAUAAUCAGCUCAUUUCGUGAAUUGAAGCCAGAUGCAUAGUUGCCAUUCAUUGCCACAAGAUUUAAUUUACUCAGCUGCUAUAGUCAGAUCAUAUAGUUGAUCCUGGUUGAGACCUUAAGAUCCAUUUUCGUUUCAUUUCUCUUCGAGAAAGUGUAUAUAUAUAUUUCAUCUGAAAGAAUGAUCUGAAUGAAUAUUUGAUCUUCUAAGUAACUGGUUCUUUCACUGCUAAGAAAUCUGCAUCCUUCUUCAUCGACAAAACCUUUACAAGCUAAACAAACUUCCUUGCUGUAUAAGUCAUCUUUUUAAGUUUCACUGCUAAGGCCAAAACUUGUCUACUGAGAUGGUAAAGUUUCUUAAGAAUACAAAACAAAUUACCCUUUUGUUACCUUUGUCAUAAACAAUGCCUCCAAUUUUGUUCCCUUGUUCAUCAAUAAACUCCUAUCUACCAGUUACUAACUAGUCCCUUGCUGAUACUGUCUAACUACUUUUUUCUAAAUCACCAUCUUUUGAUUUUUGUACAUUCUUUACCAAACAAUUUCACUUCCUGGUU